AUGGCCAAUGCUGUGGAGUACCUUUUGAACAUAAUGCACAGCUCAGCUCCGGAGCGGGGGGAUACAGCACUGCCGCUUAAAGAUGAGCGCGAUGCAUCGGAAGAUGAAGAUGAAUGGGCUGAUGCAUCUGCGUCUAUGGAUAUGCAGCCGAGCGCAUCCGUUCCUGCUGUGUCCUCUGUGAGCGUCGUUUCCGAACGGGCCGAUGGAAAGGAUCGUCCCACGGUGCUUGGCGUAGUCGUUGUUGAUUUUAAUCAUAUCGUCGGUCCGCAAGUGGAAUAUACCUAUCCCCUUUCUCUUAAAGACAACCACGAUCUGUGCACAAAGCUACCGUUCCUGGCGCUGCCCGAUGGGAGCCACUUGCACACCGUAUUUGGCAUUUCGUGUAAUCGGCAGAUCACGUCCGAUUCGCUCAUCAGCAAGACCGCCAAUGUCACACGCAGUGUUGUGCAAAAAGCGAUUGUUAUUCUUGCUACGCAGCCCAUUUUUGGCUCGCUGCGUACAAAGCUCGGUAUGGUCACGCGCGCCUUUUUCGCCCAGCGUGAUUUCAGCAAUGUAGCGCUUCUGGAAGAAUUUCACGAGGCGCUUGAGUCCAGUAUUGGGCGGCGCAUUAUGCAAGUACCGGAGCUAUCUAAGCAUGUGUUGGAUGCAAGCAGCGCUUUAUACAUGGGCACUUCCUUGCGCCAGUUUGUGCAUCGCUGGCGGUUCAAGGUGUUGAUAUUGGUGAAACUGCUUUUGCUGCAGGGUCGAAUUCUAUUUUUCGGGUAUCCCGUCGAGCUACUCUGUACGCUGCAGUACAAUUUGGUUGCGCUCAUUCCCGCGCUCUUGCCGGCACUUCAGGAUGCGGGCUCCCCGGAGCUGGAUACGUGGUCCACCGGGCGGCGUAAGGCCGAGUCACUAAAAAUGUCGGACCGCGAAAGUUUGCUUUUAUUCAUGGGGCUUCCACUGCCCGUGUUUGGUCAAGAUGCGUUUUUCCAGCCAUGCUGUCCGCUGCAGCAGAUGGAACUUUUGAGCUGCACUUCGUGGCUUGUUGGCACGACAAACAGCAUCUUUAAGCAACAGCGGCCAAACAAGCCGUCGGUCAUUGUAGACCUGGAACAGACACAGCUCCAAUUCCUUGACCCACACCUGCAAAGUGCCGUCUGGAUGGACGAUCUAAUCAAUGUCGUCUCACGCACCUGGAAUGAGGACGAUGCAAGUCAACCGUCGCUGAUGCAGUACGAAGGCAGUGACGACUACAUUCGCGCUCGCUUUGAGGAGUAUAUUUUUGCAUUCCUCGCCACCGCAAAAGAGGUCGAGCUUUCUCCGCCUCGUCCUGCAGACACUCCAAUGGAUCCCAACUCACCGGAAAUGCAGUUUGGCGUCGAGGCAAUUGAUGGAUUUCGCGCGUCCCGCGUGUUCAAAGCGUGGCACGCAACUACGGAUGAAACACUGCCGGAUCUUAUUGGAUGCAAACACCCCUGCCAGGGCAAGGUCACGGCGCUUUCUGACGUUGCAUUGCGUGUCCAAGAGGGCAUUCAGGACUUGAGGAUCGAAGGGAACCUUGCACCGACACGCGAAGCGAUCGGUGCUGCAUUGCAGGCUGGCAGUGCAGGGAUAUCCAAAGUUGCGAGCACUUGGCGGUCGGACCUGGCGCGCAUUCGGCAGGGCUGGGAGUCUCCGCGCACACCUACGGCAGAAGAUGCAUCACAGGACGCAAGCGCUUUGUCUCCCGGAUGGGAUGCACGGAAACAGGAAGCUUUCAAUACCCUUCAGGCCACGGGCGCACAAGGAUACGCUGCGCUUGGUGCGUUUGGCAACUUUUUGUCGGUCAAGCAAAAAGCGCUUGCCGCGUCGAUGCGCGCGCGGGACACGCCAACGCCAGAAUAA